AGGCCGCCGCUCGCGCUGCUAUUGCUAUUGCGCAACAGGUGAGAACAAAACACAAAGACCAGCAGACAGACAGCCGCUCAACAUGCAAAGCCCAAUUCAAAGGUUGGUCUACACACUCGGUCAUCGCACCUACAGCCAGUUGCCGCUGAUCGGCGGAGCAGCAAUAUCAACAAAGAACCCCCCCGUCAUGGCCUUCUCCGCGCGCCUCUCCUCCUCCUCCGUGCUGGCCACGGAGUCUUCUAACAAGGGAAUGAUCAUCCUAAACCGCCCCAAGGCUCUGAAUGCCAUCAAUCUGGAGAUGGUGCGCAAGAUCUACAAGCAUCUGAAAAAGUGCGAGAAGUCCAAGUCGCUGUUGAUAAUCAAGGGCACGGGCGAGAAGGCCUUCUGCGCCGGCGGUGAUGUGCGCGCCCUCGUCGAGGCGGGCCCCACCGACGAGUCUAAGAGUUUCUUUCGGGAGGAGUACAGCACCAACGCCCUGAUCGGCAACUACAAGAUUCCCUACAUUGCUAUCAUCGACGGCAUCACCAUGGGCGGCGGCGUCGGCCUGAGUGUGCAUGGAAAGUAUCGUGUGGCCACAGACAGAACGCUGUUCGCCAUGCCGGAGACGGCUAUCGGCUUGUUCCCAGACGUGGGCGGUUCAUACUUCCUGCCGCGUCUGCAGGGAAAGCUAGGCCUAUAUUUGGGACUUACAGGAUACCGUCUGCGUGGUGGGGAUGUCUUUUUCUCGGGAAUUGCCACGCACUACUGCGAGAGCAGCAAGAUCCCAGAUCUGGAGACGGCACUGCUCAACUGCCCCGAUGCGGAUGACGUGCCCGAGUUGUUGCAGAAGUACCAUUCCACGCCGGAGAAGCCGUUCUCGCUGCAGCCGGUGCUGGAGCAGAUCAACAAGAACUUUUCGGCGGACUCCGUCGAGGGCAUAUUUGAGAAUCUGAAGAACGACGGAAGCGAGUGGGCAAACAAGACGAUUGAGACGCUCUGCAAAUCGUCACCCACCUCGCUGAAGGUCACGUUCCGCCAGCUGGAGCUCGGCUCGCAGCUGUCGCUGGCCCAGUGCCUGAUUAUGGAGUAUCGGCUAGCGGUGCGCCAUUUGGAGCGCAGCGACUUCAAGGAAGGAGUCCGCGCCCUGCUGAUCGACAAGGACCAGAAGCCCAAGUGGCAGCCCACCCACCUGGCCGAGGUCACUGAGGAUCAGGUGCAAUGGUUCUUCCGAAAGCUGCCGGACACCGAGGAGCUAAAACUGUAAUGUAGCAGUGCCGAGUUUUGUUUUGUUUGGUUCGAUAGCCUGCCUUUUUCGUUCUUGCUCCGUUAUGACGCUCAUUUUCUAUAUACACAUAACCCUACACCUAUGUAUAUAAAAAUCUUCGCAAGCUUGAGUUCUUUUUUGCAUGGUUCCUUGCCUGCCGUGUUGCAAUAUUCGUUAUCCGUUAUCCGUAUAGUGGCCACAGACACGCACUGUCGCUAAAUAUCUGCAAUCUCUUCUCUGUUUCAUUCCAACAGCGAGUAAUUCCAGAGGAAACGCCCGUGUUUAUCAAUAACGAUUGUGAAAAUCAAUGCAUUUAUAUAUGAUAUACGUAUAUCCCUAUAUAUUAUAUAUUAUAUACAAUUCGUAGUCCUAAUUCAAUCACUAAUUGUGCCUAAAGAAUCGUAAGAAGUCGAUAUUUAACAAGAAUAAACUGAAGUGUAUAUGUUUAA